AUGGCAUCCCCAUCCAAGCGUCUCGAAACGGCCAAAAAAUUCGUCGCCAACUUCAGCACGCUUUCCACAGAAACGCUGGAAGCCAUCCUGGCAGAGAACUUGGUCUAUCAGUUCGCGCCAGCGUCAAUGAAUCCACCCGGCCCAUUCGACAAAAAGGGCUUAAUCCAACACAUUUCCGGCAUCCAUGCCAUCCUGAGCGGUAUCCCAGUAACAGCCAAAGAGUACGUUGAGAGUGAGAGCAGUAAUCAAGUCACUGUGUGGGCGACAAGCCGGGCGAUAUUCCGCGAGGAGUUGAAGGUUGAGGGGCUAUCUGAGGCGGGGUGGGCAUUAGAAGGGGAAUUGGUGUUUCUGUUGUGGAUGGACGAGACGGGGGAAAAGCUCGUGAAGAUUGUGGAGUUUUUGGACAGUCAGAAAAUGGUGAGGUUGCUAGAGCUGGUACAGAGCGCGAAAGAGAAUAAAGCGAAGAAUCAUUAG